AGCGGGCGCGGCCGGGGCUGCGGGCGCAGACCCAGCCUACCGGGGGGAAGCCACCACCUCCGAGGCCAGGAAGCCGUGGGGUGUGUGUGUGUGCUCGGUGCCUGCUCACAGCCGGCUGCUCCUCAGGGAGCGGGGUGCUGGAAAUGUGCGGGAGGCCCUGACUGGGACUUGCUGUGGGAUAAGGAAUGGAAUUCUGCAGGGAGGAGAGCAUGGUUGGAUCCCUGCGCUCCACGCUCACCGGGUUUUGAGUUCCUGCAAGGAUGGAAAAUCCCCCUGCUUUGGGAUAAGCUGCCCUGUUCCUGCCUCAUGCUGAAAGCUCCCACCUUGAUUCCAACUUCACACCAGCUCCCGGCCGUCAAACCUUGCUAGAACUUUGUCUGCUCAACUCCAGAGCCUGCUGAGCUCUGCCCUGCUCCUGCAGCCCGUGAUUCCAUCACUCUAAUGAGCUGAACGAGCCCAGCGAGGAGCUCCAGGCUCUGUGUAACACACCGGCCCUGUUGCAGAGCUCAGCCCUGCAGUGGUGCUGCAAGCGGCUCCCCAUGGCUGCAGCCAGCAGUGAGGGGACAGCAGGGACCCAGCUGCUGCCAGCUGGCACUGCCCUGGCCCUGCUUGGUGGCCUGGUCUACCUGGGCACCCUGUGUGCUGCCUGCAAACGGAAGGGCAGGAAGAAGGUCGCUCCCAACGGGGUGAAGCUCGUGGAUGAGGCCCUGCUGUGCCAGACACAGCUGCGGUCACUCAGCAAGUCGGACACGAAGCUGCACGAGCUGUACCGGGUGAAGGUCAGAGAGGAUGUCCAGCGUCCGGCCAGCCUGGAUCUCCCCGGUCCCGCGGCCCCUGGAGGAGAAUCCCUGCACAGCUCUGGCCUCCUGCACCGUGAGCUGCCCCAGAUCCCCGUCCCUGAGCCCCCGGCCACUUCCCCAGCCCCUGACCAGACCUACUCCAACCUGCUCUUCAGCCCGCUGCGGAAACCAGCGCCAGACGCUGUCUAUGAGUGCCUGGCCGUGGGGGGAGAGGGCACCCCGGUGCCCCCCAUGCCAGCUGGCACCCAGCUGUCCCCUCCACGGGCCGUGCCUGGGGCAGCUGACUAUGCCUGUGUCCAUAAAGUGAAGAAGGCAGUGUCGGUGGAGGUGCAGGAUGGGGCUGGGGCAGGACCCUCCGGAGCACAGCACUGCUGGCAUGGCACAGAGAGUGCCCCUCAUGCCAAGCUGGAGGAGAUGUACUCGACGGUGUGCAAAGCCACCAAGAAGAAAUCCCAGGCCCCUGCAUCAACCCCGAGGGCUGUGAAGGAAGCGGGGUCCGGGUGGCCGCCCCCCUGCCAGCAGGAGGGGUCCCCAGCAGCCCCAGGUCCCCCUGACCCCUGUUACGAGUCCAUCAACGACAGAGCAUGGCCUGCUCAGGCCCGUGGCCCCGAGCCUGACUAUGAGGCUGUGGACAUGAACUGGAAGAAGGCAGCAAAACGGGACAAGCCGGGGAAGGCCUGUGUCCCCGAGAACCUGUAUGAGAGCGUGGUGGAUGUCUGGGCAGGGGCGUCCCGGAAAGCCUCUGCCCGGACAGCAGCCAAUGGGCUGGAGGUGUACAUCACCAACCUAUAGCCCCCAGGGCCAGGGGCAGUGCCACAGGGAGGUCCCACCUGGCUGGACACCGUCGGGUGCCAAAGGGACAGGUGCCAGCAGCCCUGUGCCCACCAAGCCCUGUGCCCACCAAGCCCUGUGCCCUGCACUCACUCUCUGUUUAUAUUUUCUGUUACUUUUCUACGAGUGUCCUUGUCCCACCCCAGCCCAGCUGCUGCCAGCAGCUUGAUGGUGGCAUGUCCCCAGAUGGGCAUUUGGGGGUGCUGGGUGUGACCCCAGUGAGACAGGGCUGGCACCAAGAUGGGAACAGGGUGGGGACCAGUCACAUUUUGGGGUGGGGGGUGAUGGGGCUGCAGCCAGCCCCAUGCCUUGGGCUGCAGGAUCAGACUCCCAUCAGGAGGUUUCUGCCGUGACUGAGGGUCUCUGUCCUCCUCACACUGCCUGGGGGAGACCAGGGCCCCCUCCAGCCCCCCGUAAGCCCUGAGGAGCUUUGCUCCCCUCACAGAAUGCCCCUUGUUAUGGGGAGAUGGGGUCAGCCAUCACUGAAUCACUGAAUUCAUCACUGAAUUCAGGGAUCACUGAAUCCAUCUCCUCACCCUGUACAGGACAACACAGAAAUUUCACUGGUGUGGGCUGUGGGCUCUGCUCCAUUCCCACCCUUUCAGACCCAUGCUAGGGUGUCUCCAUGGGCAGCCCUCUCCCAAACACCAUUAAAAGGC